ACCAUGACGAAAGGAUUUGUUUUCGUCGCGGGCUUUUUGCUCGCAGUAUUUAUUGAAAUUGGAUGGUCUGCAAGCGUCCAGAAUGAUUUUUUCUUCGCACCAAAGGCAAAAAAGUCCUGGUACCAACGUCCAAAACCAAGACCUAGGAACACCAAAUUUGAUCUUGUAUUCUUACUGGACUCAAGCAAUGUUGGACGGUACAAUUUCAAAAGAGAAAAAGGAUUCGUGAUAAGCCUUCUGGAGUAUUUUUCAGUAUUUUCCGCCAACACACGAGUGGCGGUCGUUUCAUACAACAACAAUGUGACGGUGGAUUUUGAUUUCAAAAGAUACGUCAACAAAGAAUGCAUGGUGAAAAAAAUCAAAAGCUUAAGUACUCUAGGCGGUCGCGCAGAUUAUGCAAAGGCUUUGGAGUUUGUUCGUACUGAUCUCAUACACAACAACAGCACUGGAGCGCGAGCCGGUGCAGAAAAAGUCAUUUUUCUUUUAAUAACCAGACGACACUACCGCAGUAGUCUGAAGGCCAUAAAAUUCGCUUACAAACUGAAGUAUAAAGGAGUUAAGAUCGUCGUUCUAGAUUUAACGAGAUCACGCUUUUGGGAUAAUUUCAUGGUCGGAAAUGGCCGUAAGAGAAGCAGGUUCAGAGGUCGAUACAGGUACCACAGAUAUGGAUACUGGGGGGCAUCGUAUGGUCUGCGAAGGAUAGCAAGUGGGCCACAGUACCUUCUCUCGGGUCAUUCGUACAGGAUUGUUAAUAGAGUGAGAGAUCUUUUGCGUUUAGAGCGACCACCAAGGUGCUACUCUGAAGGGCAUGUCGUCGACGAGUGUGGACGAAGGUGCAAAUGUGUUCACGGCCGACUGGUCGAAUGCUGUCGUUUACGAAAAGAGUUUCUCGACAUGACAACAGCUGAGAGAGUUCGUUACAUAAACACGGUCAAGAAGGCCUCUAAGGAUCCAGCUUAUAAAGAAAGAUACGAGAAACUGCUCACGUUACAUCGGGUGAUAUUCGACAGCAAUAUUCACGAACUUGAAUACUUCUUACCAUGGCAUCGCUGGUUUAUUUUGCAAUACGAGAACCUUUUGAGAGAAAUUGAUUGUCAUAUAACUGUGCCAUACUGGGAUUGGAGCUUAACAGGUGCGGAUCCUCUCUCGAGUGAUGUGUGGAAUCCAGGCCCUCACGGUUUCGGUGGCGAUGGAAACGGCUCGCGAAUUUGCGUGGACACUGGUCCAUUCAGAGAGGGGGUCUGGUCUCUGAUCCAGAGCGCAGGAGGCGGCUGCCUUAGGAGACAAUUCAACGGAAGAACACCGAAUGCAGUGGCAGUGAAGAUGCUGAUCAUGUUUACCCCAAAUCCGUCCGACUUUGAAAAUUUCGAGUUCCUCUUACGAACUGAGUUCCACGAUCUGGUUCACUGUGUCAUCUUCGGAACGAUGUGCACAAUAGACUCAGCGUCUGCACCCGAGUUCUUCCUACAUCACGGCUUCGUGGAUAAAAUAUGGUGGGACUGGGAAAAACAAGGAAAGAAUCACACGUUCCACGAGUAUUUCGUUAGCCAAACUACACGCAUGCCAUCGACCAUAUACAGGUCUGAAGAUUUCCUAGAUUUAAACAACCAACCAGGAUGCGUUUGUGCCGAGUACGUGCCAUCGCGAAGCAAAAUAUAUUCAGCUUUGCAAAAGGCCGGUAGAAAAGAGUUAGCAAGUAUCAAGCGACUUCCUAUGCCAAAAUUCCCGGAGAGUGCAAGGAAGCUUUUCAAAAUCACAGACAAGGAGAUGCAUCGUUUGCACAGACUCCUGAAAAAGAUGGAACCGCAUGAGAUGUUAAAGAAAGCAUCGUUACACGGAAGAGAUAAAAAUCUUGGUUUUGAGACCGCUGCUAUUUUGAAGAAAGAUAAAGGGAAAACAGCCUGAGGCGAUGAAACCAAAUUGGCCUAAAUAAAGAAGAAAGGUUCUUUUAAAUAUUCAGGAAACAUUAAAGAAACUAUGUAUCGUAUAUUUCCUUGAGUAGAGUCUAGAUUCAAAUCACUGUGUUCCAUAGAAACUAAAGUAAAUGAGAAAGCAUAGUUUCUUAUGAAUAAACACGACUAUAAGU